AUGGCAAUUACACUCUCAAAAGAAGAGCUCGACGCACACCCUGGCACUAAGUCAAUGUGCCAGUAUGGCGCCAUAUACACAAAUGGCGCCAUAGUUUGCCAGCACAAGCAUGUGCACUCUCCGUCCAUAGUUGGUAUAAUGUUUGCCUUGGCUGUGGCCACAAUGGUGAUUGCCAUGAUAGUAAAAUGGGUAAGGAAACAGGACCAGAGUGGCCAGCACCAUCAUUAUUACCCGCAUAGCUCAGCUUUCAGCAUAUUCCAAAAUCACGAUUCUGACGUAGAGCAGCUAAAUCCAGUUCCCGUGUACACAGCAAGUGCAGAUCCAUCCAACGAUUUUGGAUUUUACGACCCAAACGGAAACUUGGUGGCACUUCAAAAACCGCUGCUGACAUACCAGCGAGAUACACCUCCAACGUCACAGCCACCGGAGUACGCACCUGCUGUCCCAAUUACGAACAUACAGCCACAUAUUACGCCUGUACUUGACUACGUGGAGUACAAACAGGAAACGGAUACUGAUGCUGAUACCGAUACCGAUACAGAAACAGAUUCUGCUCCACCACUACCUCAGCAGCCACCAAAAUACAGUAAAGCGCUGACCUCUCUUAAAGCUCAAGAGGUUCAGAAAAAAAGUGUAUUCAAACCUCUUUUGACCAAUCCAUACACCAGGAAAAAUGCAUGGCCUAAAAUUGACCUUAAGUUACAAACAGAUCUACUGCAGGCAUUAGAAACAACUAUUCUACCGCCAGUAAAGCAGUACAACCAGUUAACGCAAGAAGAGAAAAAAGUUUUUUCAGAGUCGAACAAUUAUGAAUCUGAUGUUCUUACUGGUUUCAACUCGAUUAUGAAGGCCUUAGAAGCACAAGUUCAAUCGAAGCUAAAGAAAAAAAUUGAGAACGAGAGUAACGAUAUUACAAUGCUUUUUGUUUCAAAGGUUAAAUUGGUUACCCUUCCUAAAGGUUCGUCAAAAAGGCUCUCUUCUGCAGUAGGUAAGAAGAAUGAGCUUCAGUUUAUGGCACUUAGAAGAAGAUUCAUUGAAAAAGAUGCUUUUAUAUCUUCAGUGGUCAACUCCAGUGUAGACGACGUCAGCGUUGGGUUUUUGGAUAAUAUUGAACGGCAGCAACUAAAUAUGAACGUGAAAUUCGUACUUACCGAAAUACCAAUAGUCGGCAGAACGAGAAAGCCAGACAAACAACAAGAUUAA